GGUAUGGAGUCUACAAGUAUUCCAACAAGUUUUUCACGUAUGAAGGCGAGUGGAAAGAAGGCAAGAAACAUGGGCAUGGGAAACUUCUCAUGAGCGAUGGUAGCUUCUACGAAGGAGAGUUCAUCAAUGGGGAGAUCGAAGGUCACGGCUACAGGAAGUGGGCCACUACACGAAACACCUACUCUGGUCAGUUCUACAAUGGGGAGCUGCAUGGCCAUGGGGUCAUGACCUAUGGCCCCGGCGGGUCGUAUGAAGGGGAGUGGCAACAUAAUAGGAGACAGGGUCAUGGUGUAUUGAAGCUUUCUGAUGGAACUCACUAUGAAGGUUCCUUUCAUAAUAACAUCCGACAUGGUGAAGGAUCACAAACAUACGUGAAUAACGAUCGCUAUAUUGGUGAUUGGAUAAUGGACAGAAGACAGGGAAGUGGAGAGUUACGCUGCCACGAUGGAACAAUAUAUGAUGGUCAAUGGAGGAAUGAUAUGUAUAACGGACAGGGCACCAUGAUACACUGCUCAGGGAUGGUAUAUGAAGGAAUGUGGAUCAACAACAAACCCGCACAAGAAGCAGCCGAGAUCGUAAUCCUGGGCGAGCAGGUGAUCGAGCUUCAGCAGGGCCAGCCGUUCACCAUCGAGGUGGAGAUCAGGACCGCUGAAGGGGAGGUCGUCGACUGCGAGCAGAACCGUCGACUACGGAUAUCCGCCGGGUUUAAGCAUUACCUCCCCAACCAAGGAAUGCCUCUCUUUGACCUGAUAGAAGAGAUGGAGGAAACUCCCAUCCCGACCCCGUAUGGUUACGAUAUUGUAGCGUACCCUCUCACAGACUAUGAGAACCUCAAGGAGAAGCUCUCAGAAUUUGUCUUGAAGCCUUCGACUGCUGCUACAGAUGCUUUGACUGUUGUAACGGACGCCAUGACGGCAGAUAACGUCAGCGUAACGCUGGAGGAGGAUGGGGAAGGAGAGGCAGAUCUAGGACCAGAGGUCGCACCAAGCGCUGAAGUACCACCUAGUACAGCUGCUGAAACAACAGUAGCCCCCAGUGAGAUGACAGGAGAAGAGAUCUCAGAGUCGCCCCUCCCACCUCCAGUAGAUAACAGGAUAGUGGAGAAAGGAAAGGCAGAAUUUUUAGAUGUAGUGCUGCCUCCUGCUCCGUUCGGCUAUCAACCAUUCUCCAUUCUUGACAUCACCCUUGAGGAAGAAGCACAGAAGAAGGCCAAGAACUCCAAAACGGCCGGUCUCGCAAACCAGCUGAGGGUAGGAGCCAAGCUGAACAAAAGCAUAGCUUCACCCACGCCUAGUGGCAAGCAAUCUUUAGUCUCUCCCUCGCCCAGCGCCCAGGGCCGCUCUGCCUCUCGCACGCCGAGCGGCAGGGUCCCCGCGGCUGCUUCUCCUUCGCCUAGCGUAUAUCGCGAGACACGAACACCCGGUAUAGAUGAAAUCAACAUGAAAUCAGAUCAAUUCACCGUGGACAAGCUCAAGGACUUCAAGCUGAGCAAAGCGAAGAGAGAGAAGUACUAUGGUGACCUCAGAUAUGCUAGACCAGGUGAGUACGUUAUCCUGAUCGAUGACAUCACAGAGCCUCCGUUCCUUGGUUUCCGUCUCCCCACUGCCUUCUGCCUGGCCAAGGUGGCCUUCCCCAAGAAAUCCAAGAAGGUGGCAAAGUCCAAGAAGGAUUCAAAGUCCAGCACCAAACUGGCUGCAGGUGGCGACUGAUUGACAGACGGACAGAAAUGGCCUUCCCCAAGAAAUCCAAGAAGGUGACAAAGUCCAAGAAAGAUUCAAAGUCCAGCACCAAACUGGCUGCAGGUGGCGAUUGAUUGAUUGACAGACGGACAGAGAUGACAUAUCCUCUGUUGAACAAAAGACACUCAUUGACAUGUGAUUGGAAGAAGUGCCUCUGAACCGAAGGGAUCCUGGUACCCGUUUCACAAAGCCUUUUUUCAAUGACAAAUGACAAAAAUCAGUGACAAAUUUGUUGAUAACCAAUCAGAAGCAAGGAUUUCAGUAGCUUAUAACAAAAGCUCUCAUUUGUCACUAAUGACAAGUUUUGUGAAACGCCCCGCUGAAGCAAAGAUACUUUCCAAAGAGAGAUGGACCACCUGCUAUGGAUAUUGUGAAGCGCUCAUGGAAAAUUUGCUGCAAAGGCACUUGAAGAAAUAUGGUAUGAAAGUGAAGACUUGCUUUGUCCAGAAAUAAAAGGCAGAGUUGUGACUUCUGUGGCCUGUAGAGGGCGCUUCAGUCAGCAGCAGAUCAUUAAUUUUAAGAAAAACUGU